GAGUGGCUAGGAGGCUGCAGGGAGAGCCACGAGUUGUGUAGAGACCACCAACGACCGUUCAUGCCAACUCGGCUUCUGGAGCUCGACGGUCCCUUGCGUCUGUUUACGGGCGAGAUUUCCACUGUAGCACUCCCAUACGCAGCGUUGAGCUACGUGUGGGGUUUUACUCAAAGCCACGUCCUAACAGCCAGCACGCUAGCAGCGAAGACAGCGGGUAUUGAUCAGACUCAGCUGCCCAAGACAAUCCAGGACGCCAUCGAAAUAGCACGGAAGUUAGGAUUUUCUUAUCUUUGGGUUGACUCUCUGUGCAUCCUACUGGACACUCCA